CAGAAGCGGCGCGCCUGCUUUUUCCGGACGGGAAAAUCUGAGUGUCCGGUUUGUUUAUGUCGACUUCAAGUGAUGGAAUUCUUUCUUUUUUGGUCGGUGCCACUGGGAAUCGGAUGAAUAUCGCACGCGACUGGAUGGCCGAGAGACCAGCGCGUUGUCCGGCGACAGCACCGGUGCUUGGUUUUGAUGUGUGUGCACGUCGGAGAGCAUGAGACGCGAAGACGGUGCCUGUUUCGACAUUAGGCCUAGCGCCUCGCCGUGUUGUGCCCCGGAGAAAUACUACUACGAACACGCGCCGUCACCGCCGUCGAAAUGAUGUCGAAGCAGGAGUCCAAGUCGCACACGGGCCCGAACCAAGUCAGAAAGGAGUACAGCUCGUGGAGCCAGGCGAUCUACGACGCGGUGCUGACCGCCGAUGACAACGGGAAUUUGAACUUGACCGUCGACGGUGGCUCCGACCGAGGCGAAUUCGCUUAUUUUAGUUGUGUUAAUUUCGAUAAAGUGAAUUUCCUGAGCGGCCGAAUCGAAGACGGUGACACGAUCUUGGAGAUCCAAGGACAUCGUGUGGCCGGUUACACGCGAAACGACGUGCUGUCGCUACUCAAUUACAGCGCACGAAACGACAGUGCCGUGUCUGUGCGAUGCGUCAGAGCAGGCCACCUUACCAAGGACUUGAGGCAGUUCCUGAACACCAGGUUCCAGAAAGGUUCCAUCGACCAUGAUCUCCAGAACACCAUUAGGGACAACCUCUACCUGCGCACGGUGCCUUGCACGACACGAAGUCCCCGGGAGGGAGAAGUGAAUGGUGUGGACUAUACUUUCCUGACGAUAGAGGAGUUUGUGGCCCUUGAAAGGAGUGGGAGCCUCUUGGAAAGUGGGAUAUAUGAAGGCAACCACUACGGCACGCCCAAGCCGCAGGAGGAAGGCCUGCUGCUGCCCGGGGCACACCCGUCCUCGGAAGGCAAGCGGCGCAGGAACCGCUCCAAUGUGGAGGCCAUGACGGCCAAGUCCCAGGAGCCGGCCCCGUCAACGUCCCAGGGUGGGCUGCUGCAGCAGCCCAACGGGGCCGGUCCUCCCCGAGAUGCCAGCCCCGGGGCCUUCGAGCUGGAGCCGCUUCCCGCCUGCUGGGAGAAGGCCUACACUGAGGACGGAGAGCCCUACUUCAUCAACCACGACACGAACACAUCGCAGUGGCACGACCCUAGGUUGAGCAAGUCGCGAGUGUCGUAUGACGGGGAGUACGAGCUUCCGUAUGGCUGGGAGAGGAUUGACGACCCACACUACGGGACGUAUUACAUAGACCAUGUCAACCGAAGAACACAGUACGAAAGCCCACUUCCCCAUCUCAAGCUGCAAACCUCACCUGGCUCAGCUGGCUCUGGUAUGAGUGCGGUGCAAGGCAAUGGCAGCGUUGGAGGGGGUGGUGGCUGCAUUUCUCCAGGUAGUGGCCAGCUGGCGACGGUCAGCCCGCAGGGCUCCCAGUCAUCCCAGCAGCAGUUACUUGGCAACAGCAGCGCAUCGCAGCCCUGCGAUGCCAGUCCCACCCCAGGUGUGUCGUCAGCUAGCCCUUCCCACCAUCACCGCCUCCACCAGCGGCAGCAGUCCCCAACGGCGAGCGGCGGCGCCUCGAUAUCUUCCUCCGCUGCGAACAAUAACCGUGAGUGCCGUCGACUGCGCACGCCCCCCUCGCGGCACUCCCCGCUGUUUCCCUGCCUGCCCUGCCUGCGAGACCAGCCCCCGACUAACACCUCCUCGCCCUCGUCCUCUGAAGAAGGGGCCACGCCCCCAACGGCAGCUGCACCGCCCCCUGGCUCUGAGAGGGUGCCGCCGGCCGGUCCUCUGUCCAAUCACCGCCAGGAAGGAGGAGGGUUGCUGAUGCAGCUGGGAGGCGGGCCCCAGCAGCCCUCGGCCAACCACCGGCCCGCCGGCACCAUCACGACGACACCGACCUCGGCUGCGGCUGCUGCUGCUGCACUGCGCACGCACCACCGGCCACCCCCCGCCACUCCCACCACCGCGCAAGACGGUGUGUCUCCCUGCGCAGCGGCAGCCCUCCCGGCCUCAGACCACCAUGGUUCGCAUGGGCGCCUUCCUUACCUGUUCACGCGAAAUCCAGCCGAGCUUCAAGGCGACAUCAUCCAUACGUCGCUCGUGAAGAGUGCCCGAGGCUUUGGCUUCACCAUUGUAGGCGCUGACGAAAACGACUCGGAGGAAUUUCUUCAGAUCAAGAGCAUCGUUCCCAAUGGACCCGCCUGGGCUGACGGGAAACUGCGCACAGGUGACGUGUUGGUGUACGUCAACACCAUCUGCGUCCUGGGCUACACACACCAAGGUGUGGUGAGCCUGUUCCAGUCGAUACCGCCAGGCGAGAUGGUGCACCUGCAGGUGUGUCGAGGCUACGCCCUGCCUUUCGACCCCGACGACCCCAACACUGAAAUUGUCACCACAAUGGCGGUCACAUCUCCUGACGACCCCAUGGCCCACCACAGGCCUCGCCCCGAUGACUACCAGGACAUCUACUCGAGUAAGAGCUUGGAGGACUUAGACAGCACAGAGUCACGGACGCGGCCUGCAAAGUCUAUGCCGGACCUGAGCGGUCCGGACAGGCCGCGGCCGCAGAGGCACAACAGUGCCGAUCUGCUCAGUGUUGGCAGCGGAGGGGCCCCAGACAUCCUAGAUUUCUCCGGGCCCGCUUCCCCUGGUGCCAUCGCCCCUAAGCCCCAGAUGCUGACCGUGGAGAUUGUCAAAGGAACCUCGGGCUUUGGUUUCACGAUCGCAGAUAGUGCCUAUGGUCAAAAGGUGAAGAAGAUUCUGGACGAGCCACGCUGUCGGGGUCUGCAGGAAGGGGACCUGCUGGUGGAGAUUGAGGAUCGGGACGUGCGGGGCCGCCCCCACACCGAGGUGGUGCAGGCACUCAAGGACUGCCCCGUUGGUCAGGCAGCUCGCAUCACCCUGCACCGAGGUGGCCUGAGGCCGGCGCCUUCAUCGCCGGCAAAAGUCAAGGCUCGCGCUGCUAAGGUUCGUCCUUCGGAGGACUUUCUCUCGAAAGGAUCCAACUCAACCUUCUCACAUUUCGCCCUGAAGAGUUACCAUUCAGACGGUUACGUACCGGCGUACCAGGGCCCGUACCGGAGCAAAACACCGACUGCCGAGCUUUACAGUUCGCGCGAUAAAGAAACCGUUGUGGUGAGCCGUCCCAAGACACCGCUGGUGGACACCCGUCAUUGGACAUCUCCGUCAGCCGACACCUCAGGCACUGCCAGUGCGAGAUUGGAGCAGCAGACAUCUGUGCCUAGCAUGGACGACACACCGGCAGGAAAUACCUCAUCCGGCAGCACUAGUCCGGCCAAGCCACCCAGAACCGGCCAGUACGGUGCGUGGUACUUUGAACCAUCGUCCCGUCAGCCCGAGUGGGCGGGCCAGAACUUCCGGGACACUACGAUCCGGCCUGCGAAUCCCAGCCAGCAACCGCAGGGGCUGUCCCAGCAGCAACAGCAGCAACAGCCAUCAUCCCGGUGGUACUCUUCUGGGCAGGCCGAUUACGGCACCACGUCUGUGUAUGGUGCCAAGGGAAACAGUCCUGCGUCACAGCUGAGUAGCCCAAUUGUCGAGGAGCGGCCGGCACUGUUGACGCCAACGCAGAAAGAUUGGUCGAGCCUGCCAGCAACAGACGGCCUUCCACAGGGCAGGGGCUGGAGCUACAGCUCUCCUGACUAUGGCUACACGCGGCUGCCAAGCCACCAGUUGCCGGGGCUACGCUCACCGCUGUCAUCGCUCACGCAGCAGCUGAACAGCAGUCACCUGAGCGGUGGCAGCCCCUACUACGGUCUCUACGGCUCUUCAGCUCUGGAAUCGUCGAGCUUCACACAGGAUAACCUGUCGGGCCGCAAGCACUCGACCUCCUUCGAGCACGAGCAGCCGGUGACGUCGGCGACGAUGCGUCCAGGUGUUGACACCCACGCGACCGACGCAGUUGACCUAGUGGUGACACUUCAUCGGCAGGAAAGCGGGUUUGGCUUCCGCAUCGUCGGAGGCACGGAGGAAGGCUCUCAGCUUGUGCACUUGCCGCACGGGGCGCAGGUCUCCAUCGGUCACAUAGUGCCUGGUGGAGCUGCGGACCUAGACGGUCGGCUGAUGACAGGCGACGAGAUUGUCUUUGUGGAUGGCCAGAACGUCCUGCACGCAUCCCACCACCACGUGGUCCAGCUGAUGGGGGCCGCAGCUCUGAACGGAUGCGUCACAUUGGGCCUCAGGCGGAAAGCACGCUCAUUAGUGGACUCUCCUCAUCGGUUAAACAAUUGCGAAGUCACGUAUCCCUAUAACGUGACAGUGAUGCGUCACGAGAACGAGGGCUUUGGCUUUGUCAUCAUCUCAUCAGUCGGGAAAGCGGGAUCCACAAUAGGCCGCAUCAUUGAAAACAGCCCCGCGGAACGUUGCGGUCAGCUGCACGUAGGUGAUCGAAUCUUGGCUGUCAAUGGCAUCAGCAUCCUUGACAUGCACCACGGUGAAAUUGUCAACCUCAUCAAGGUCUCCGGACUGUCCGUUGUCCUCACUAUAGGACCACCAUUAGAUGAUACCUCAAGCAACGCAUCUGUCUCCCAAAGGGGGGAGGAGGUGGGGGGCAACCGUGGCCCAGAGCCCCCUGGCAGCGGCGGCGGGGGUGCCAUCGAUGGCACUGGGGGGGAGUACCACAGCGUGGAGCUGCAGCGGGGGGUGCGGGGCUUUGGAUUUAGCAUCCGCGGGGGCCGGGAGUUUCACAGCAUGCCCCUUUUCGUGCUGAGGAUUGCUGACCAGGGACCGGCCCAGCUCUCGGGAAAACUGCAGGUUGGGGACCAGAUCCUGGAAGUGAACGGCAUCAACACGAAAAACAUGACGCACGCCGACGCCAUCAACAUCAUUCGACAAGGGGGUAACACUGUGCGGCUCCUGGUCAAGCGGACGCGCAAAGUGCCAUCACCUCUUGUUGUGGAGAGCCCGCCGAGCCUGCUUCACCCGGGCAUGUCUGGCCUGCUGAAUGGUCCCCUGAGUCAGAGCUCACCCCGGAGUUCGAGCCAGGUGAACUCGCCUCCUCAGCAGAAGGACUGGUACAACUGGAACAUGGACACAUGAUCGAAGGGGACCAGGGGAGCCUGCCUCCCCACGCGUGCAGGGUUCAUGACGGCCCACGGGCCGUCACGGUUGGCCUGGAUGCCUGCCACUGUGUAAAGAGUCAAUAAGCUGUGGAACUUUUUCUUGAGUGUUCUUCACGUUGCUGACCAUUCUUUCGAUAAGUGUAGAUUAUAUUUAGCGUAGCGCAGCUCCUGAGAGGUGACGUCAGCAGGUCACCGAGCACAAGUCGACCGAACUGCGUCCUCGUGAGCAGUCCAAUGUGUUUCUGUUUCUUCGUGCAUCGUGUAUUAAGCGGAGAGCCUUUUAAGGCUAGACUCUCGUGUCUCCUGCGUGUGGCGUGGACGUCCGACCACAGAGUAUGCCACCCCCACCGUGCAGCUUAAUGUAUACGUCGGCAUAUUGAACAUGGCACUUCCGCAACGAGCAUCAAUGCUACUGCUCAUGGGGACUGCAUCCAGUGCACACUGUCAGCCGAGGCAUCGCCUCAUCACCCCUUUUCGAAAUGGAGAUCGCUGAAUGUCGUUUUGCCCUCUCCCUCCCCAUUUUUAUUUUUGUUGCAUAUAGUAACCUAACAUAAGUUAAACAGAUGCAAGUGCACAAGUUUUGAAAUGGGCUUGCACUCUUUGUUCAGCGUUCGCUCUUUGUCAUUUUAAUGUUGUACGCCCCCUUCGUCUGCACCCGGUUGUCGAAACUUUGAUUGUACAUAAGCCAGUUUUAAUGCAUCAAGCUCGCACCACCUAUUGUUGACAGAUGUCAUGCAUAACGCCUUUCUCUCAAAACAACCUGCACUCCUUUCUUCCUAUGCAGAGUAAUGGUUACGGCUUGAGCCCACCUCUCUGCUCUCUCUCCCUCUAUAUACAUAUAUUAGGAGAAAAAAAAACCUAUUGUUACACGAGUCCGUAGAUAAGUUAAGCACGACGGGAAGCCUGGUUGCUUACUGGUGCCCUCCUAUUGCCAAAUCAGUUGGCCAAGACUACUAAUAGUAAAUGCAUCGCCAGUUUUUAUAUUUUUUUAUUUUGGGGGUUUUCGUUUUCGAGAUGCAUUUCGCAGGAGUAAUCACUACCAUCUUCGCUCUUUUUAUAACCUCUCAACUUCUCGGCAUGGGUGAUACUAAUGCACACGCUCGAUGGAACAGAGUGAAGCGUUUGAUGUGGCCGUAGUGUUCUCUAAAAGCAACAGCGAACAUACUGUUAAACGAAAAUCAUCAUAUUUUAUUGUGGUGCUUGAGUGUUUCAUCAGAGUGUGUUCUUGUUUUGUGUGUUGUCGACAUGUGCCAGACUGCCUCAAACAUUUGAGCCGUGUUGGUGAAAAAAAACGAAUUCUUGCUUGCACGUUGCAGCUAUACAGACUUUGGUUGUGUUUAUCGAUGUUUUAAGUGUAGUGGCUGAAACAGAUGCAUUUAUUUGAGUCGAUUUCACUUUUGUGCUGUCACUACCAUGUCCGUCUGAUUACAAUGAUAAGAACAACCCAGUGGUACUCGCGCCUAUGCACUGCACGUUGGCAGCUUGUUACUCCAAGUGUUCAUGUUCUAGGUGCUAACAUUGGCAGUGCCUGAAACAGUUAACCAUGUUAAACGUGCUUCAGAAGGGUUGGCCGAACGCAAGUUUAUGUGAACUUCCAUCGUUGUGGGGUUUUGCAUAUUUCACUUUAGUGUUUUUAUUUUGGCAGUGACAUUUUCUGAUUGUUAGAUAGUUAUUAAGAAGGAAUUCUAGCGAACAGUGGUUACUGAAUAUGUCGUAAUUUAUUUGCGGCUUGUUCUUUUAUAGUUAGCCUUCAUAAUGAGCCUGCCAUUUAGAAUUUGUUGCUUAGGCAGUAUGUCACUGCGUUGCUCAGUGUGAGAAGAUAAGUGGAGAAACGAUGAUUUUGAGUGAAGUACACCAUCGUAGUUAAGCUUUGUUACUGCUUGCACAGUUGCUGCACAAGAUCAUUUUAACGCAACAUGCCACCGAACAUUGCAACAUUGCAAUAGUAUCUCUACAACCUGUUCCCUUUAAGAAGGACCUUUCUUUGCUUGACAUGUAUUGAGGUUUCACUGCAAGAGGUGCAGCGAAGUUUCAGGUAUGCGAGGGUUUCAGUGCUCCGACUUGCUGGAAAAACAUAGUGUAGUCAGCGUUAGUGCGCACGAAAGUAGUCAUAGCACAGGUGCACAAGUUUGGCAAAACUAGGUUGAGAACGUUGUUAUUACAAUGAUUAUUGUAACUUUGGUCACAGAUAUGUAAUGUCGCACAUUUGAGAAAUCGGAUUUCGGUUGACUUUUGAUGUCAUGGUGGCAAUCUGACUAAUAUUGAAGCGUUGCACUAUCAACGUAAUUCAAGCCUGAACAGGUAGCUACUGGCUGAAAGUGUUGUGCGCGAGUAGGUGAGUGUUUGUUUUGUCGCCAAUUUCCAAGCGUGGGGUACUCUGCACUGUACACUUUGAUGUCUGAAUUAAGCCACUAUUACAAAUGCAGGCGAGUCUAGAAAUGGGACAAAGCAACAGAGUAGUUUCGGAUUUGUUCGUGUUUGAAGUUACGCUCAUUGUCAGCAUGGAUUACUUCUGUAUUUCGCCUGUAUGAGAAGUGCACCUGCAUAUGACUACCGUAAAAUUCUGAGCAAGUGCCCCCACCCAAGUUCACGCCCUCUCCAAUUUCACUGCCAAUUUCCACGCUGUUCUGGUAAAGUGUCCUCCGCCCCUCUCACACCUCAUACCCUGAUCAUGCAUUGCAUAUAGGGAACACAGGCCUGUUUAAUUUCAAGCCAAUCCUGCGUAAACACUGAAUGCCUACGCCUAACAUUUGUAAAAAUUAUUUACCUAUAUAAAUUUUUUCAUUUCUGCAUGAUGAUCGCGCCCCUAACCUGAAACAGGACUACCACGAUGAUUUUCAGGUUCCUGAAAGCAAAAGUGUGGCCUUCGAGAUUUGUAUUUGGGAUCUCACGGUGGUGCCUGUGAUAUGUGUAGUUAGCAAACAUAAGGCCUUCGAGAUCUAUGUUUGUUGCCCGAGCCGAUGCACUGGCGUAUGCUUAUUAUGGUGCUUCGAUGUAAUGCCCCUUACAGCCUCAUUGGAUCGCCUGUGUGUUUCCUGUUUUCGUGAGUCGUUGCUUUAAUGAACUGUGCCCGGAAAGAGAGCCUGACGCCUUCCAAGGAAGGUCGUCUGCACUCUGCUCUUUUUUUUUUCUUCUUUUUGGCUGGAAAAUUUUGCCGCGUCCAUAUUGGACUUUGUGCCAUUUUGGGAAAGCAGCCCCCUUCACUCCUGUUUCUACUGUGCUGGAAGUCGCUUGCUUGGAAUUCUAGUUCAGCAUAUUUAAAAAGCGUUCGAGGACUUGGCGCUUUCGUGCUCUCUAAGGAAUAGGAAGAAUGUAGGAAAAACGAAAAGGAUACUAAAUUGAAUGCCUAACUUCACGUUGACAGUGAGACAGCGUUCCACCAAAACAUUUUUAUUUUGCAAGAACAAGACGAGUUGUUGGCAGAAAAAACUCACUAUCAUACUGCUAAUUUUUCGGGGUGACGCACACGUAAUGGCACUGAAACUUCGCAAGUGUUGCAGUAUUUUUGUUUAGUAUUUAAGUUGUCGUUCGAAUGGCGCUCGGGCUAAUAUACUGAAAUAUAAUUGCGCAGUGACUUUUAAUUGUACCACUAAAAGGCCACAUCUGCAGAUGUAUUAUCUGAAUUCAGAUGAAAAUACGAUUGCACCAACUGUGUGAAAAUUUAUUGCUUGCGUGGGAUGACAAUGGGAAAAGAAAUGAUGUAUUAUCUCAGAAAACUUGAUACAGAAUGGUAUCGAGAUUCGUUUAGAGUGUAACAAGCUGUGGGACAGAAGCAGGAAUUUCAAACGCGCGUUGGCUUUUGCUUUUACCCUGUGUGUGUUAUGAAUUGCAAAGUGUAUUUUUAAGAUAAGCAUUACAUCCAUAUUUUGGCAUAUUGUUCUUUUAGAAGGCAUGGGUAUUCCUGACUUCUUUUACAUAUCCUUGACUGUGCUUAAACAUUUAAUUAAUUUUAGCCUGUUAAUGUUAUCAAAUGUCGCAUGCCAUUUUUCUUCUUGUUAUUAAUUGAGAGUCUAUUUGUGAUUUGUUUUAACUGAAAUUACAGGUUUUAACACUCACACAUUUUUUCAAACACUCGUGUUCAUCAACAUACCAAAAGAGGAACAAAACAUUUUCUGCAUCAUGUGCAAAAGAUUUUCCUUACCUAUUUAUGAUAAUUCACCAUAAUUUUUACACCUGCAUUUUUCACACUUAUUGUGUUACCUCUUUUUUUUCUUUCACAUCAUUCAGCCCAUUAGACGGGCUGAGUUGAAUCAAAGUACAUUUAGUUUUAAGCAGCAUUCCUUUUUGAACGUAUGUCGAUGUGAGAAAAACCUCUCAUGAGUUCUUAGAAUUGUUAAAUCAUUCCAUCUUUGCUUUUUUUUUCUUCUCUGUAUAACAGGAAAAGGAAACGCAGCUUAGAAAUUGUUCGAUACUACCGAUGUUUGCAUGUUCUUCUGCAUUAAUUGAGCAUUGAGUAGAUGAAGCAGCACCUAUGUACAUAUUGUUUAACAUUUUUCAUUAACUCUGAUUUGUGCUUAAUAAGGCGUGAUCUUUUUUUUCUUUGUUUGUAAAGGUCAUUUUGUUUUACACCUAAAAAGUGGUCUUUGUUACGGUUAUGAACUAUUGUGAAAAUCGGUAAGAAAAAGAAAGUUAUAUGUGUGGUAUGUGUGCGAUUGAAACACUAGAAAUGCAACAAGCAUGUUCCAACCUUUCACAAGUAUUUUAACAAGGCAGCUUGUUCUCAUUUGCAACUAUAGUAUGGGAACUGUGCUUGCAGUCACUGGCCGCAAGUGUUUUUAGGCUCUCGGAUGUUUAGACUACUGCACAUGGUAGUACUGCGGGACUACAUUGCAUCUAGCUGCAUGGUCUGAAAACUAGGCACCCCCCGCUUCUUUCUGGACGAAAAUGCUCAAAAGAUAAAUAUUUAACGUAAAUGUAGGACGAAAAUGCCGUGAUGACAAUACCAUUAUAAUACGAUCAUCAGCUGUUCAACAUUUUAAUAUACUACGGUAAAAAAAGAACAGAAUGUUAAAUAGGUAGCCCAUUAGAGACAGCAGCACAGUGUUCGUUGCAUUAAUUCUUGAAGGAGAAGUGGCUAGAGUAGUCAUCCUAAAGGGCUAGACCUGCAGUGCGAGUUUCCUUCCUUCUCGUCCCUAUCUUCAAAAAAAUGUGGCACAGUUGAACGAAAGCAACCACUUGAAAAGCACUGCUCCCAUUCAGGCAGUAAGCUAUGACGUCAUUUACUCCUCCAUCAUGUAUAUUUUUAUGCGUCCCUCUUGCCACUACAGCUGAACUUUUAAUCUUUAGUUUGCGCAUUGUGAGCGCGACAUCACAGGUAUUAUUGCAUGGCAAUUUAAGCUUAUCCUGUGGCAUUGGUGCCGUAACAAACUGGUGCCGUGGUUGGCAGCUUUGGGCGAUGUGGUAGGUAGUAGAAGGGAGUGUGCAGUGUUGGUGGCUUUGAUGUCAGAAGAGUGCAAGAGGUUUAUAUGAAGCUGCAUAUUUACACGAACUACACACGCCGCCUCCCAGCCCCCAUUUCUUUAAGGUUUACAAAAUAUUCCCUAGUUUAGUGUAGCUUGGCAUUAACUACUGCUGGAAAAGCAGAUAUGGGGGGAGAAAAACAUACGUUUAUGACAAGUGCCUGCAGUGCAUUCGUGCACAAAAACAUGUUUCUGCCAAAAUUAGCAGCUUCUUUUUUUGUUCAAGAUGUACUACGAGGAAGGCAACCAUGUAGGAAGUAAACCAUACAAAUGUUCUUGAUAUAGAUAGAUAUAUAUAUAUAUAUAUAUUUCCCCACCUUCAUCUUAUUGUUCCUGGCAAACGUUCAUGCCGUCUUUUAUUGCCAACUUUUAGUGCUGUACUACCGGUGCUGUGGAGAUCUCGAACUGGUAUUUGUUGUUUGGGAUUCGCAACACCACUCUCUCUCUCCCUGUUGUUCUCAUGUACCAUUUUGUACAAGCCUUUUUAGUGUGCCUGAGAGAGAGGAUUGUGUAAAUUUAGCGAGUAAAUACAAAACCCGUGUCAUUAUUGCUGGCCCUGGUAGACAAAAAAAAAUUAUAUUAGAAGUGUAAAAUGGAAAAUGAGAUUGGUACAUAUUUCGGUGCAGUGAGCAUUUUAAUGUGCACGAAAAGAGUUGGAGAAAAUGGCCGCGAAGCCUUUUUUUUUUCCUGUUGGCAUGGCUUUUCUCUGUUCGACAGUGUGCCAUCUAUGACAAGUCUGGAAAUAAAUUUUAUCUGCU